AUCAGUUCGAUUGACAUCUGUAAACAAUCAUCUCGAUUUCAUCAUGAAAGUAGUAGCUAUUUUGUUUGCCCUGGUAGCCGUAGCUGUUACAGCUCCCCUUGACUCUGAUAAAGAUGCUAUUGUUCUGAGACAUAAUGCCGACAACAUUGGUGUUGAUGGAUACAGUUAUGACUUUGAAACAAGCAAUGGCAUAGCCGCACAAGAACAAGGACAAAUUGUCAAUGCCGGAUCUGAAAACGAAGCUAACCAAGUCCGUGGACAAUUUUCCUACACCGGACCUGAUGGUGUCGUAUACAGCGUUAGCUACAUAGCUGACGAGAACGGUUACCAACCUGUCGGUGCUCAUUUGCCUGUUGCUCCCUAAAAUGUUGUUUCGUGAUUUCUAUAUUGUUUUUUUUCUGUACAUAGCCUGAAAUAUAAAUUGUAAAAUAUGAA